ACAAUACAGUGAUAUAAUUGAAUUCAAAUGUAUACACAGAUAUAAUUGAGACCAUACCAACAAAUGUCUAUUACAGCCUUACUUUCACUUCCUCUCUCAAAUGCUAUAGUUGAUUCGUACAAUAUGCAUAGCCUUUCCAUUUGUGUCCUUUUUCUUCUUUUUUUCUUAUGUUAUCUACUCCUUCUAAAAACCAAGAAAUAUGUUGUACUUAAACACAACAAUAACCAUAAAUUUCUUCCUCCUCCAAGCCCUCCAAAGCUUCCUUUGUUAGGUCAUUUACACCUCCUUGGUUCUCACCCUCAUCGCUCCUUAUGGAACCUUUCGAGAACAUACAGCCCCGUUAUGCUCCUCAAAUUCGGCCCCGUCCCGACUGUCAUCAUUUCUUCCGCAAUGGUUGCAAAAGAGUUGUUCAAACGCCAUGAUCUUGCUUCAUGUAGCCGCCCUCGCUUAGCCGCCACUGCAAAAUAUUCAUACAACUUCUUAGAUUUGAUUUUUUCCUCUUACGACGAUCGUUGGAGGGAGCUUCGUAAGAUUUGCAUCGCCGAGCUCUUUAGUCCCAAACGUGUGCAAUCUUUUCAACAUAUUAGAGAAGAGGAAGUGAAUCAACUUUUGAAUGCCAUCUCUCAAUCCUCAUCUUCUUCAACUCUAUUUAAUUUUACAGCAAAAACGUAUUCUCUCACGACUAAUAUCUUGACUAGGAUUGCAUUUGGGAAGAGCAUUAGAGAGAGUGAAAGUAAACUAGAUGAUUGUGAUGUUGAGAGGGUUAUACAAAGAGCGAGCGCAGCGAUCGGAAGCUUCUCGGCAAGUGAUUUGUUUCCUAGUUUCGGGUGGAUUAUUGAUCGGCUCACCGGUGUUCAUGGGCGGCUCGAGAAAAACGUUGAAGAGUUGGAUGCUUUUCUGGAACAUGUAAUUAAGGAUCGUAUUAACUUUUGGGCGGCUUGUCAAAAAGAAGAAAACAUUCUUGAUGUUUUGUUGAGAAUGGAGAGAGAUUGCUAUGAAUUUGGUUCAAUCAAAUUCACUCGAGAUUGCAUUAAAGCAGUUGUCAUGGAUUUAUUUCUAGCUGGAGUGGAAACAGGAGCAAACACACUUGUUUGGACAAUGACAGAGCUAGUUAGAAAUUCAAAAGUAAUGAAGAAGCUACAACGUGAAAUCAGAAGCACCAUAACUAAACAAGAUCAAGUGAAAGAGAACGAGCUUGAAAAGCUUCAGUAUCUAAAAAUGGUGGUGAAAGAGGCUCUAAGGCUUCAUCCACCCCUCCCACUUCUACUUCCAAGAGAAACCAUGUCUCAUUUCAAACUCAAUGGUUACGAUAUCCAUCCAAAAACUCGUAUUCAUGUGAAUGUAUUGGCAAUCGGAAGAGAUGCCAAUAGUUGGAAAAAUCCACAAGAGUUUUGUCCAGAGAGGUUUAUGGAAAGUGACAUUGAUUAUAAAGGACAAAACUUUGAGUUAAUUCCAUUUGGAGCUGGUAGAAGAAUAUGUCCGGGUGUGAAUAUGGGGAUGGCAAUGGUAGAGUUGGCAUUGGCUAAUAUGUUAUUGUGUUUUGAUUGGAAAUUACCAAAUGGAAUGAAAGAAGAAGAUUUAGAUAUGGAAGAGGACUUUGGUAUUACAGUUUCCAAGAAAUCACCUCUUCAACUUAUUCCAAUUCCUUACUUCAACUCCAAUUAAUACUCAUUUCAUCUUUAUGUCAUGGAUAAACCAAAACUUGCUCUAAUGUUGGGUCUUCCCCUGUUUUAUUAUAUUAUUGUAAUUUGCAAUGAUAAUUAAUAUAUAUAUAAUAAUAAUAAUAAGUUAAUUAUCAUAAAA